AUGGCAACCAGUGCGCCGCUUCUGGCCAAGGAGGGCAAGGGCCACUCCAAGGCCUCGAUCUUCUACGGUGCAGAUGAGUACCUUGAGGAGCUGAAGCGCAAGUACGAAAAUGACCACGAGAUUGCUGCUUUGAAGAAUGCCCUUCCAGGCGAAGGGGACCCCAACGCAGCAGGCGUUGCACCCAGCAACGACAAGAUGCUCUCAGUCCAGAAGAACAACGAGAACCGGA